GUUUGGAAUUUUCUAACAUUUUGAGAAUGAUACUUUCAUAAAAUAUUAAGCUCUUCUGAGGAAAAAUAGAGACAAAUGGUGAUCUAAAGCAUACUUUGUAUUUUUAUUUUAUUUCUGGUAAUUGUUUUGGGAUUUUUUUAGGCUUUUUAAGUACGCAUAAGAAUGUUUUCUUCAGUGAGAUAACUGAAAAAUUUCCACUAUGUAGUGUAAGCUUUCUUCCUCUUGUGUUGUAAACGGAGAAAUUCUCAUUUACACUGGAGUGGGCACAGUUAAGCCCCAGCCAGCCAGGAGCCCAACAGGUACUCCUGUUCCCCAAAUAUUCACAAGUGAGCCUAGUCGUGUAGCCUCGGUAUUUGUAUAUGUGUAAAGAGAGAUUGAGGUGCUGUGGGGUGCUUGGAAAAGCCUCGGAUGUGGGUGAUUGACCCUGUAUCAGAAAGUUGUAAAAAUAGCUCUUGCUUUCGCCCUUCUCAAUUGCACUGGAAUGAAAAGUUUACUCGCGCUCCUGUGGGCGGGUGGGGGGCGCUCUUUCACCAAAGUAGGUGGUAGGACAGCUAUAGAUGUCCUUUUCCUUUUCAUUGAGCAAGGAGAUACUUACAACACCUGAUGGUGUUUAAAUUUUGAUUGGACUUUUGUACUAAUCAGAGGCCACUCGAGAGGGGACCUCAAAGGCAAGUAGUCCUUAGCGUUAUAAACACUGCAGUCUGGAACUUCGGAAAUAAAUCGGGGGUAACAACCUUCCUUCCCGAGGGGGCCAAUUUUUGUAUAUUCUUCAAAAAAUAUCACCUUACUUCUUUUUCAUAAAGUUAACUUGUCCCUGAGCUGAAAUUUGAGUAUUACAUCUGAACAAAUCUUAUGAAAAAUCAGAUGCUUUUAACAGGUAUAAUAUGUUGUAUAUUAGAACGUAAUGAAAGCUUUUACUUAACGACACGAGCAACUAGAAUCCAUAAUAAAAGAAUUUUACCUUGCUAUUGGACAUACAUAAGGUGGGCUGUGCUGGUGGGUUAGGUUGGAGUUAAAUAGUUUUGUCUAAAGGUACAGUUUAGAGGACACAUUUGGCACACAGUUGGACCACACUUGUUUUAUCUUCCUGCACUAUGCUUUUAGUGAACUUUCUAAAAUUCUGUUUGUAAACUCUUAAACCUUUCUCUUUUGCAAUCUUACUUUCAUUAUCUUUUUUUUUCAUUUUAUUGCCUUGCAACACAUUAACCAAUAUCUAAAAAUAUUUUGGAUUUCCUGGUGUUCCCAGGGAAAUAGUUUACUAUAGCCUUCUGUCCCAUUUCACUACUGACUCAUUUAUGAAAGAAAAGGAAUUACUGCAGUAGCAAAUUGCUACUUUGACACACCUCAUGUUCUUUGUUUCUCAAAACCCAAAAGCUAAUAGACUGGGAGGAUAACCUCAACUUUUUGGAAACAUGCAACUUUUACGACUUGAAAAUAUAAUUGGUUUCUUUGUUCCACGCAUGAAAAACAAGGAGGAAAAGCCGAAGGCUGCCCAGGCCAGGUGUUUCUUGUUGGCAGCCUGCUGCCUAAUGACCGGGCUCCCAAAGAGCAGCUGCCUACGAGUCGGCUUUGUCUGGCCCAUUGUUGGAGCACACCCCUCGUUAAUACACAUGCUGCCCGGGGCCGACCCCUAGAAUGACAUCAACUUGCUUAUCUUAGAAACCUGUGAACCUGACCCAGGGUGCUGAGGUUGGCUCGCAUCUGCCCGGCCAACUAAUUGUGAGCUCUCGGGCCGGGAUUGGCUGUGACUCCACUCAGUAAUAGGUUAAGCAAAGACACUGCCGUUCCAUCUGCUCAGCCAUUCAUUGUUCUUCUCGCCUGCCUGCAAGUCUGCAGCUAAAACUGUGCUAAGGAGCUGCUGCUGGAGCUGCUGCAGAAACCAGUGUCUUUGUAUUUUCCUGCUAACGUGAGUACCUAUGCUCCUUCAUGCCUUGCUAGUGAAACUUUGCUAAAUAUCCAGAGUAUUAAUUUGAACUCUGUAAAAGAUAGGAAACACCUCCAAUGGAAGGCUACAAAUUAUUACAUGGUGCCAAAAUACAAGAAAAUUCUCUCUGUAGACUUAUGUCUGGAGUCACAUAAAUAAUGACAGGCUCAUGAACAUUCGCGAGGCGUUCGGCAUGGCGUGUGAUCAUUCAGUACUUAAGGAUGAGUUCUAACACAUUCUGAUGCUUUGAUAAACAAGGACUUUGGGUUUUAUCUUGUCACAUUCUCGUGUUUCUUCAAGUGUCACUGUCAGACUUAGGCGCUGUAAACGGGUAGUAAGACUUGAUAGAUUUUUCCAUUGUCUUAAAGAUCUAGCUUGGGGGAGAUGGAUUGAUACACAGGUAGAUGUUUCAGACCGCUUGUGGUAAAUAUGAUGAUUGAGCUUUCACCUGCUUUGUCAGUUUUGAUAGUAACGUAUAGUUUCUGAUUUCUCCCACCUUUUUUUGUUUAUUCCUGCAUUAGUUUCAAAUAUUAGAUUGAAGGUGUCAUUCCAUUGAAAGAAUUGCUUUCAGGAGUUCCGAAAUGGGGAAAGGAGGAGGAGACAAAGACUUUCAUCUAUCAGUUGGGAGGGAAAGAGCGAGCAUAAAGGGUUAAAAAGAGGUUUUCAUUUCUACCACAGGCCCUAUUGUGUGAACAUAUGCAUGAGUCUAUUGAAAGUUUUCAGAAGAUGGGCAGGCCACCAGUUGCUGGUCUCCUGCAGUUCCAGUAGGACAUCUGUUGCCCCAGAGCAUUAACCAAUCUGUUCAAAGGGACAUCCUUCUUUUGUUAGCCAGAGGGAUGCAGACAACAGCACUCACUGAAGUACAAUGGAAUACGGGGUGCUUUGCAUUCAGGAGUACAGAAAAAAUAGCAAAGUGGAGUCAAGUACACGUAACAGCUUCAUGGGCUUGAAGGAUCAUCUGGGGCACGACCUAGGCCACCUUUAUGUGGGGAGCACUGACCCACACGUAAGUACAUCUGUACCUUGGUCAAUGGUAGAGAAGCCAACAAUGGAUAAAGUCAAUUCCGGAAAAGAAGAAAAAGAGGUGUCUGAAGAGAAUACGAGCUCUGGCGACUCUGAAGAAAGCACACAUUCUGAUAAUGAGUCGGAACAAUUGAGAAGCGUUUCAGUAGAGCCAUGCUUAUUAACCAAGACUCACAGACAACUGUGUAGGUCUCCCUGCUUAGAGCCUCACAUACUCAAACGCAGUGACAUUUUGCAAGACUUUAAACCCGAGGAGUCCCAGACCACGUCCAAGGACGUGAAGAAGCCCCCCGACGUGGUGCGAGAAUACCAAACCAAACUGGAGUUUGCACUCAAGUUAGGCUAUUCGGAGGAGCAGGUGCAGCUCGUGCUCAGUAAACUCGGUACCGACGCUUUAAUCAACGACAUCCUGGGAGAGCUCGUCAAGCUUGGAAAUAAAAGCGAGGCUGAGCAAGCAGUGAGUACGAUCAGCAGCAUAACACGGGACACGUCUUCCCUGGAUUCUCAGCGGUCCGACUCUCCGAUGCAAGAGAUCGUAGCGGACGACGGGGAGAAUCUGAGACCAGUGGUCAUCGAUGGCAGCAACGUGGCAAUGAGCCAUGGAAACAAAGAAGUAUUUUCCUGCCGGGGAAUCAAAUUGGCAGUGGAUUGGUUUUUGGAAAGAGGCCACAAAGAUGUUACAGUCUUUGUUCCGGCUUGGAGAAAAGAGCAGUCCCGACCUGAUGCUCUUAUCACAGAUCAAGAAAUUCUGCGGAAAUUAGAGAAGGAGAAAAUCCUGGUGUUCACGCCCUCCCGACGAGUGCAGGGCAGGCGGGUGGUGUGCUACGACGACCGGUUCAUCGUGAAGCUGGCUUUUGAGUCCGAUGGGAUCAUUGUGUCCAAUGACAACUACCGGGACCUGGCGAACGAGAAACCAGAGUGGAAGAAGUUCAUAGAUGAGCGAUUGUUAAUGUACUCCUUUGUCAAUGACAAGUUCAUGCCCCCUGAUGACCCUCUUGGCAGACACGGCCCAAGCCUGGAUAAUUUUCUGAGGAAGAAACCUAUUGUUCCUGAACACAAAAAGCAGCCUUGUCCAUACGGAAAGAAGUGUACCUAUGGACACAAGUGCAAAUAUUACCAUCCCGAGAGGGGCAGCCAGCCGCAGCGGUCGGUGGCUGAUGAGCUUCGUGCCAUGUCUAGAAACACCGCAGCCAAAACCGCCAACGAAGGAGGACUGGUAAAAAGCAACAGUGUUCCCUGCAGUACAAAAGCAGACAGCACUUCCGAUGUCAAACGAGGUGCUCCAAAGAGGCAAUCGGACCCAAGCAUAAGAACCCAAGUCUACCAAGACCUAGAGGAAAAGCUUCCCACCAAAAACAAAUUGGAAACCAGGUCUGUACCUUCGUUAGUUAGUAUCCCGGCUACUCCUACUGCAAAACCCCAAAGCACUGCAUCUCUAAGCAAUGGCCUUCCAUCUGGAGUUCAUUUCCCACCUCAGGAUCAAAGACCACAGGGACAAUAUCCUCCCAUGAUGAUGGCAACCAAAAAUCACGGAACGCCAAUGCCUUAUGAACAGUAUCCCAAAUGUGACUCGCCUGUUGACAUCGGAUACUAUUCCAUGUUGAAUGCUUAUUCAAAUCUGAGUAUCUCAGGCCCGCGCAGUCCUGAAAGGCGUUUCUCCCUGGACACAGAUUACAGGAUCAGCUCCGUAGCUUCUGACUGCAGCAGUGAAGGGAGCAUGAGCUGUGGGAGCAGUGACUCCUACGUGGGGUACAACGACCGGUCCUACGUCAGUUCUCCCGAUCCUCAGCUGGACGAGAAUCUCAAGUGUCAACACAUGCACCCGCACAGCCGCCUUAACUCCCAGCCUUUCCUGCAGAAUUUCCACGACCCCUUAGCUAGAGUGCAAAGUUACAGUCACGAAGAACCAAAGUACCAUCACAAGCCUCCUCUUCCACACCUGGCUGUGCACCUGCAGCACCCAGCUGUGGGGGCCCGGUCCAGCUGCCCCGGCGAGUACCCCUCACCUCCGAGUUCCACGCACUCGAAGGCGCCCCACCUGGGCCGGUCCCUAGUGGCCACGCGAAUAGACAGCAUUUCGGACUCCCGGCUGUAUGACAGCUCUCCUUCCCGACCGAGGAAGCCUUACUCCCACCAGGAAGGGCUGGGAAGCUGGGAUCGGCAGAGUUACGGCAUGGACGCGUACGGCUACCGGCAGACUUACUCCUUGCCCGAUAACUCCACGCAGCCGUGUUACGAGCAGUUCACCUUCCAGAGCCUACCUGAGCAGCAAGAGCCGACGUGGCGCAUACCGUACUGCGGAAUGCCACAAGACCCUCCGAGGUACCAAGACAACCGAGAAAAGAUCUACGUCAACUUGUGCAACAUCUUCCCCCCUGACCUUGUGAGAUCGGUCAUGAAAAGGAACCCUCACAUGACAGACGCCCAGCAGCUGGCCGCGGCCAUUCUAGUGGAGAAGUCACAGCUGGGCUACUGAAAGAUGAUGCAUCUUUGUGGUGUUUAGUUUUUUGUUCAGCUCAAAUGCUGAGGGAGGUUUGCUACAAUAGCACACGUGAUCUCCUUCCGGCAAGGAGGUUAUAUAGUAUCCAUUUAUGUGAACUACUGUAUCAUGGAACCUGUAUGUAUAGCCCCACAUAGUGGAAGUAUCACGGGAUUGCUUUACAUCCAAACUUUUUUAAACAUUUCCUUUUUAAAGCUCUCUCCUUGGCUGGAAAUUUUCCAGUGUAUUACUAGAUGUCUCUGUGAUCUUUGAUAUCGAUCUUUGGUGCAUCAGGGGUUUAUACGCAGCACUUUUUAUCCUUAUUUUGUGUUUUAUUAACUUGGUGUUUGUCUAUCAAUUGCAAGCAAUUACAAUACUUUCAGAAUGUCGAACAUUUGACUAGACCCUAGCCGACUAUUUUUGCAAGCCAAGCUUAAUUGGAAUCUUUUACAGCUUUUUAAGUUAUUUUUAUUUGGGGAAGGUGGGCUUCUUUGUGCUAUAAUCAUUAUUUAUAGAAACAAAGAUAUACUACAGCACUGACUUUAUAUUUUAAACAAAAUGUAAGUUACCAGUUUAUAUGGAAAUGGGUAACAGUCUAUAUUAGAAUGAUUUACAAUAUGGCACUUUUCAUUGUUUUACUUUUGUUCAGAUUUUUGUUUCUGUUAAGUAAUUAGUUAAUUUAAUAUGGUUGACUUAAAGGAAAGCAGAUGCAAUCAAUGGAAAAAAUUGUUUCCAUUUUUUUUUUUUUUAAACGAGUAAGGCAAAAGCCGUAACUGUUUCAGUUUAGAGCUUUGUUAUCCAGCUAUGACGUGCUUCUCGACGGUAGAAGAUGGAAUUGAAUUCCCAGAUUCUCAUCAACCCGUAUUUUGAAUGUGUUUGUCCUUUUUGUUUCGGGGCACAACAAUACUGGAUAAAAGAACCCUUUCACAGUACUUGCCUGUUUUUAAUGAAUCUAAGUAUUCUCAAUGCAACUUUUAUAUUUAAUAUACUCUUUAGCUUUCCUGUUCAUCAAGGCUGGCCUGAGGCGUAUGCGUUGAGGAGACGCAGAAUCGACGGGUACUGCAUUAUAGGAAAGGUGGUGGAGGCAUUGCAAGUGGUAACUUAAAAUGUUUGUAAGAUACUGUAUAUUUUCCAUUUUCCUGAAAGUAGUUUUUUGGGGGGGCCUGUUAUAUUAUUAAGGCCAGAUUCUUGCCACAAAUAGUGUAGUUUUAGCUACAGACUAAAGUCUGUUCUAGUAUUAGUAAGGGAUAUUUCUGGUUUCAAAGUCAUGGGUUUUGCUAGAUGCAAAUUCAUUUUUGUCCCCAGCAGACAGACCUCGCAUUGAGGGGCGGACAGUCGUGUGUGCCUCACAUGACCUCGCUGUUGCCUCCAGGCUCUGAAUUUUGUGCGACAGACUUCUGAUCUGUUUCUGUCGUCUGCCUCAAUGCCCUGGGUGUUCUGACCAUUCUCUAUGCUAUAGUUUGAAGUAAAGCCCUGAAGAGCCAGAAAGUACCUUUUACUGUUGAUACAAAUUGUAUCUUUUUAACUAUAAGAACUAUUUUGAUUUGUAGAUCUAGUGAAAACACAAAUGUGUAACUAUGAUUAGACUUUUGGGCAACAUUUUAUCCCUUAUUUAAAUACAAAAUUUUAAAGUACAAUUGAGGUCUAGGAUAGGGUAGAAAAUAAAAGUAACAAUUUAGGUAAAUAAAAGUGUCUGUCUUAGUUUUAUAGACUAUAUUAAAUAUAUUAAAUACAUUUAUUGGCAUUUACUUUCUAAAACCUAGUGAGAACUUAAAAAUAAAGGUAAAAUGCUGCCUGAAAAUAAUGUCCAAGCACCUUUGACUAGGAUAACAUUUUCACUACUUGUGUGACACUGUGUGUUGCAUGAAGUAGGAUUUGGGUAUACAGUAAAUGCUUCUAAAAGGCAUUGUGCAUAUUGACAUAUCCAAUAAUCUGAACCGUGUUCAGCAAACUUAAUUCAGGAAAGUGGUGUUCUACACAAUUACUGCUGUUGUUGAGGUGAGUGUGGCCUUCCUCUGUACCCAGAAACAGUGCAGACAGAGCCACGCAGUCCGUUCUGAGUAAUGUCUGGGUACGACCCUGCUCACUUUGUGAAUCUCUUCUCCCUGAUUUCAUCGGUCACUCUGUGGAACAAGUGUAGGGUAGGAGUAAAUGAGUGCCAAAUACAGGGUUACAGAUGUGGAGUACCUUUUUAGUCCUGUUCUAAGCCUUUUUUUUUCUUUGUUUAGUAUGAAAUCCCUUUUAAAAUGUAGGUUUUGCCAUUUUCUUCAUGUUAGCAUUUUCACUAUCUGAAGAUUCUGCCAAACUGUACGAAAUCUAUUUCAGUGAGACCUUCGGUGAUGUGUGUAUCAUACUCAGUCUGAGCUGCUCGUGUUUUUAGCUAACCAUUUGUCGUUGCUUCGUGGGUUGUAGACCGUGGAAAGAGUGUAGCUUGCCACUACCUGUCCUGAAGUGAAUAGCUCUGAACCGCUCACACUGAAACUCUUCAGUAUCAUGACUUGUGAGUGAAGAACUAGCAGUUUUCUUAGGUCAAGAGGACAAUUUGUCCCCCUCCCUUUUUUGUUUUUUUUUUUGUUUGUUUGUUUGUUUGUAAGCACCCAUGUUGCUUUCAGAGCUUAAGAAUGAGAUAUUUGGCAGACUUUAGAUACAGCAAAUUCUUAAUUCUCUAAAGCAAUAAGUAAAAGGAUCCAUCGUUAAAUUAAAUCCAUGGCUAAUCCCAAACCUUCAGUGUAGCUGAAACUUUUUACCUUAAUCCUAUCUUUUACCAGAUUUGCUAGUAGGUAAGUGGAGAGGGAGGUGUUAGCAGAGAAACUGCCCAGAGUGGUCAACUGAUAGAAGAGAAAGACUUCAGAUUGGAAUAUUCUGCCCCUGAAUCACUGACAGUUGACUGUACUUUUACCCAGUAAUUAGCCGGUUCACUGUCUCUGUCUCAGUAUAGAGGGAGUAGCAUCCAGCUGGCCAAAUCCUGGCCCUCACGGUUUCCUCCCUGCACAUGAUAAGUCUGUUUUCUGUCCAUUUAUGAUCUCUGUAUCCUGAUAGAGUUUGUCAUUGACCUCAACAUUUGAAAGAAACGCACACCAGUAUCAAAUGUGUGAUACUGGUAGAAACUUGAACUUUGUGCUUUUAUGAAAUUUCCUUUAUGAGAAUAUGUAAUAUAACUAAAAAAGAGCAUUUUUAUAUGUAUAUAUACAUACAUGCCUACAUACUUGUCAUGAAGUAUUAAAAACGGGAGAGGGUGUUAUGCUUUCGGUGGCUGACCUUCCCUCCAUUGAACUAUGUCUGAGUUGUGGAGGACCAAGCCUGGAGUCUGGACGACCAACGAUAAGAUUUUAGAACCACUUGAAUGGAAAGCAACUCUUCAAUGGUUUUAUUCCUGGUAUUUUUAAAGAGUUAUUUUGAUAAUUUUAAUAGAAUGUGUAAUUUUAAAACACACAAAAAACUUAAAGUAGUAUUGAUUAUACAGAUAAUUAUUUAACGUGUCUUUUACGGAUGUAUCUAUGUAUAUGGACAGUAAUAUAUUUAUAAAACAAACAUACUUUGAUUAUGUUGUAGCUAUUAGUUUGAUAGGUUAGAUAUGGCUCUGGGUGUGUGUGUGUUUGUGUGUGUGUGUGUGUGUGUUUUGAAAACUCUCGAGCUGUUUUUUCCCCCGGUUUAAUGGCACUGACCCUAAGGCAUAUUUGUUUUCCUUCUCAUUUUUCUAUCCGACUGACUUACUCAAGAUGAGCUUCCUAGGUAUACACCCACAAAUAAAAUGAAGUAUAAAAUCCAUGAACUACACAUGUGCAUUAGCAUAAAAGAAAGCAGAGUUAAUGAAAGUAGAGAAGCAAGCCUGAUUUCAGAUUGGCCUGGGAAACUCCCUAGGGCAGGGACUGACCAACAUUUUCGAUAAAGGAUCAGGCAGUAACUAGCCCAGAGUUUGAGAAUCUUCUGGUCUCUCUAAACUGCUCACCUCUGCACGUACAGCACAAACGCAGCCACAGACAAGAGCGUCAAUGAGCAGUGUGGCUGUGCGGCCAUCAAACUUUACUUAUCGAAACAGGCAGGGGGCCGGUUGGGCCGGUGGGCGGGAGUUCACACAUCCCUGUGCCAGAGGGAGAAAACCAGGAUUAUUAAGCCGGAAGUCCUGAUACAUGUUAAUACAAGAAAUAAGAGCGUAUUUCAGUUGACAUUCAAAGACAAUGUGAUUGAAGGCCUUCAAAAGAGGAUUGCAAGACGGUCCUAUUAAAGCAUCUUAAUUUCCUUGUUUAUUCUGUCCUAUCCAUUACUUAUUAGAGAUACUGCUUAAUGUUUAACGGCACACACACAAAAAACGUUCUGGCAACAGAUGUUUUAAUAAGUAUUGAAAUUUUUUCAUGAACUUUGUGUUUCUGUUGAUAAAUGGGAAUACCUUACCUACAUUUAGUUUUUUAAGGGCCUCUUGGACCAAAAAUUCUGUUGUGUUUUGAAAAUUAGCAUGUAAUUAGCCACAAAAUAUUUUAAUGACUGCAUUUGUCAGUUACAUCUUUCUGCUGGUUUUUUGACUUCUAAAAAAAAUUACAUAUGUGCCCUUCUUUAAAAAUGGUUUUAAAGAAGAUAAAUAUAUUGUAAUUUCACAUACUAUAGCUUUAUUCUGUAAGAUUAAAAAUUGUGACUAGUGUAUUGUAGGUAUAAUGUGCAUUUGCUGUAUUGUGACUCUUUUAAGAAACCAAGCAUAUCCCUGCUUUCUCUGUCCAGACCUUUAGUAUAGAUCUUUUUAGACACCUUGGGACUGUCCUUGGUGAAUGAUAUUCUUAACAUGAUCAUGUGUGAUUUUAAAUUCAUUGAAACUACACACUGCUGAGCGUGUUCAUUCACAGUGCUUUAUAAAUUGUGUUAACGUUAUAACAUUAUUUCCAUAAGAACAUUAAAUAGUUUUGAACAUUACCAUCCACUUCAGUUAUACUUUCUUUUAAAAUUGGAAUACAACUCUAGAUUUUUAACAGUGUUUACGGUUUAAAAUGAUUACUUUUUUUCUUCUUUAAUGCCGUCUGUUAACUUGCUCUUUGCUUUGUCACGAUAACACUGUUAUGUGUUCGGUGUAGCUUUUUCCCUAUGGUCCCUAGUCUUAUGAUUCAAAAACAAUUUAAGGUUUUGACCAUUUGGCAGUUAAAAUUUUUUUGAAAAGUCUGUGCAUCUUUUAAUUUAGUUUGAUAAAAUUUGUAAAACUUCACUUUUAAACCAUGUACCAAAUCUGCCAAUUGUCUGCAUAAGAUAUUUCGGAUGCAUAACAGAUUGUCCAUUAGAGCUUUUGAUCCCUCUCUCUCACUUAAAGCAGCUUAUGUCUCAAGGGGGAAAAAAAAAACCAACAUUGAAAAGCAAUGGCUUAUUUUUAUACAGUGUGUAUGUUUUAGAUUUUCUCUAGUUUUUUUUGAAAUUUUAUGUUUCCUACCUAAUACAAAAUACAUGCAAACCUCCUCAGAGACAUAAACCCAGCGCUGCUAGUGAACCAGAUGACUGAUCUCAUCGUUUCCUGUUAGGUUGUUCCCCGCCCCCAAGACCAUAGUCCAAUGCUGAUGGAAUUUCCAGUUUAGUCUCUCAAACUUUUCUUAUAGGAAAAUAAGGUAAAGAAUGUUUAGAACAACCAUCUGACAAACUGAUGUGAUUCUGUUUAGCCCUCUGUUCUCUGUUUCUGUAAUGGAAUUUUUACAACUCCAAAAAUCAGUAUUUUAGACUUACUGGAAAUCCAUAUCAGAACAGCGAUGUGAAUCUGCCACUGAGAAAAAAAAUUAAAAAUUUCAUUUUUUUUUUAA